AUGGCUUUCUCCAAAGUUCUUGGAGAAACACAAAAUACCUGCAAAGAAUUGAAGUGUGGGGAUAAAGGCCCGCCUAUCCAUUUCCCUUUCAGCCUCAAAGAUAGGCAACCAGAUCACUGUGGCUAUCGUGGGUUUGCUGUGUCUUGCAAUGAGAGACAUCAAAGCACAGUGUCAAUGACUUUGGUUUGGCAAAGAACAGUGUCAAUGACUACAGCUAUGGGGACCAUGGGCUACAUUGCACCUGAAGUGUUCUCCAGGAACUUUGGAAAUGUGUCCUAUAAGUCAGAUGUGUAUAGUUUUGGAAUGCUACUGCUUGAGAUGAAGAGGGAGAUGACCUACGAAUCCAUAUGGGUGAAAAAGAAAGAUGGUAAAAUUCCAAACAAACUUGCAAUUGUAGGACUCUGGUGCAUCCAAUGGUAUCCAGUCAAUCGUCCUUCAAUGAAAGCUGUGAUUCAGAUGCUGGAAAAAGGAGAAAACUUAACCAUGCCUCCCAAUCCUUUUGCCUCUACAGGUGCCGCACAAACAAAUGCGAGUAGGCCUGCAAGAAAUCUUAAAAUUCAGUUAGAAGCAAUUCCUGAGUUGGAGUAA